GUCCACUGUCGCUUUCACCCCGAACUUGCCAGAGUGGCUCACUUUGUUAUUGACCAUCACUACUCUACUCCACCAGUGUAUUCCUUGUCAAUUUGAGAUUCAGCUGGGUCGGAUAGGUGGCUUUCUCCCACUCUUCUUAAGCCCAGACCGUCGAGCCUGCGGUCUCAUCUCCUAGCCGUUCGCUCACCCGGAUCUGUUCCCAUCAGCAUGUGUUUGUGACAGAUUAGACACACCUACGACAAUGGACCAGGCUCAGUACGACGCGAUCAAAGACAAUUGGGGGGAGGUUGAGGACAGGGAUGGCGUCAGACUCAGCUGGAACGUCAUUCCGUCGACGCGCAUGGAAGCAAACCGACUGGUGGUCCCCGUGAGCUGUUUGCUCACUCCGCUCAAAGAACUGGGCAAACCACCACUUCCCUAUGAGCCAGUUACCUGCAAAGCGCCAUGCCGAGCAGUCCUUAACCCCUUCGCUAACGUCGAUGUCCGGGCUAAACUAUGGAUCUGUCCCUUCUGUCUGCAACGCAAUCCGCUACCUCGUCACUAUGGGGAUAUCAGUGCCGAGAACAUCCCACCAGAGAUGCACCCUGCGAAUACUACGGUCGAAUACAAGCUUGCCCGACCUGCUCCUGCCCCACCCAUUUUCGUGUACGUGGUUGAUACCGCGAUCGAGGACGAUGGUUUACAGGCAUUGAAAGAAACUCUUGUCAUGAGUUUGUCAUUACUCCCUGCGAAUGCGCUAGUGGGUCUUGUUACAUUCGGAACGAAUGUUGCGGUGCAUGAAAUUGGCUAUACCGAGUGCCAAAAAUCAUACGUCUUUAGAGGCAGCAAGGACUAUGCCGCAAAGCAGGUUCAGGAGAUGCUGGGGUUGGCCGCGGCCGGCUUGAGACCUAAUAUGCCACCAGUGCAAGGACGACCACCGCCACCGAUGGGCCCUGCUGCUCGGUUCCUCCUUCCUGUCCAGCAAGCUGAGUUCCAAAUUACCAAUGCAAUUGAGCAGCUGCAAAAGGACCCUUGGCCUGUCGCGAAUGACCGCCGGCCACUUCGCUGUACUGGUGUUGCCAUGAGUAUUGCAGUCGGCUUGCUGGAGACGUCAUUCCAAAACGCCGGAGCCAGAAUCAUGCUCUUUGCGGGCGGUCCGGCCACCGAAGGCCCCGGUAUGGUUGUGGCUCCAGAACUCCGUGAGCCUAUUCGAUCACAUCAUGAUAUCGACCGCGACAAUGUCAAGUACUUCAAGAAAGCCAUCAAAUUCUACGAAGGCCUUGCCAAACGCACUGCUCACAAUGGACACAUCAUCGAUCUAUACGUUGGUUGUCUCGACCAAGUGGGCUUGCUGGAAAUGAAGGGAUUGGCAAAUUCGACUGGAGGCCAUAUGGUCUUGACGGACAGUUUCACCUCAUCACAAUUCAAGCAGUCUUUCGUACGAGUCUUUGACAAAGAUGAGAGCGACAAUCUCCUGAUGGGAUUCAAUGCGUCUCUCGAGGUUGUUACGACGAAAGAACUCAAGGUAACCGGUCUCAUUGGCCACGCUGUUUCCCAGAAUAAGAAGUCGAGUUCUGUCGGCGAGACAGAAUGCGGUAUUGGGAACACUUGCCUCUGGAAAAUGUGUGGCAUUGACCCCACAUCCAGCUACGGUAUUUACUUUGAGGUUGCAAACCAGGGUGGUCCAGCACCCAUGCAGCAAGGCCCGCAACGGGGUAUGAUGCAGUUCUUGACAUAUUACCAGCAUUCGUCCGGACAGUAUCACCUACGUGUGACCACUGUUGCUCGCAAUUUGAGUGGACCAACUGGGGACCAAGCUUUGGCACAAUCUUUCGACCAGGAAGCCGCAGCCGUCCUUAUGGCUAGAAUUGCGGUCUUUAAAGCAGAGGUCGAUGAUGGGCCAGAUGUGCUCAGAUGGGUGGACCGAAUGCUCAUCCGGCUCUGCUCACGCUUCGCAGACUAUCGCAAAGAUGACCCAACAUCCUUCCGACUCGACAAGAACUUCACCCUCUAUCCUCAGUUCAUGUUCCACCUACGCAGAUCGCAAUUCCUUCAAGUAUUCAACAACUCACCCGAUGAAACAGCAUUUUAUCGACAUGUACUCAAUCACGAAUACGUGGGAGAUUCGCUGAUCAUGAUUCAACCCACUUUGGACUCGUACGGCCUUGACCACGAAGGUGGCCAGCCGGUCUUGCUCGACUCCGCCUCCAUCCAACCACAGACCAUCCUGCUUCUGGAUACUUUCUUCCAGAUUCUCAUUUUCCACGGCGAAACGAUGGCUGAAUGGCGCAAAGCCGGCUAUCAGGAGCAGGAAGGUUAUGAGAAUUUCCGGGCUGUUCUUGACGCACCCAAAGAAGACGCACGAGAACUCGUGCAGGAUCGAUUCCCUCUGCCACGAUUUAUCAUUUGCGAUGCUGGAGGGUCACAAGCCCGUUUCCUUCUAUCAAAGUUGAAUCCUUCCACCACCCAUGCGACCGGCGGUUACGGUGGUGUUUCGCAGUCCGCCCAGACGAUUUUCACUGAUGAUGUAUCAUUGCAGACAUUCAUGGACCAUCUGAUGAAACUGGCGGUAUCUGGGUCCAGCUAGAAGCAUGCAGUAGAGUCAACAAUAAUGGCGAUGUGGACAGGGAUGUGGGCGUCCGUCUCUGCUACGGGGCCCACGCAUGUUGGAGGUCUCUCAGGACCCGGGUCCAUGGGUCGACCGCAUCUCCCUUUCCAAGCAAUCGAGUUGAGCGGUUAGAUGGCGGUAGAAAAUCGACAUGACACGAAAUGAGUUUACACAAAUGCACUUGAUCCAAGUCAUCCGUACCGUAGUACGUACCUGUCGAGCGGUAUCUGCGCGAGUCAUAUCAGACCUUUCCGUAUUGGGAAUAAUUUCACCCACAAGCCGAAGUCUUGGCAGUA